AUAUCAUCCGGAUUUAAUACUGUCAUGAUCACUCGCAACUUCGUCCUUAAGUUCAAAGAAGAUUUUAUUUGAGUUCCUGAAACUGUAUCACAGCAUAUUGUGGGUACAACAGCAGAUAGUUGAAAUUCGUCGACACAUUUUUCCCUAGCCAUAACUUUCAUGCUUUAAGAUGGACAGGCAAAGAUCAUCCUGGAUGAUUAUGAGCUCCUUUACUCCUUUCCAACAUGGUUCUUUGAGGAAUCUACAUUACACCUCUUGCCGCAUUAAGGCAAUCAUUUUGAUUCUCCUCUCUGUAUCAACCAAGAUUAUCAAUGCUGCAGAGAUAACCUGCACCAAAGAGACAAACUGCCGCUGCACUUUAAGUGACAAUUCUCUGUACUAUGAUCUGGAGCCGAUGGUGACAGGUGUGCCCCCGCCGUUCUUCAACAAAUAUGUAACAAAUGUUACAUAUCUUUACGAUCCUUGUCGGUCAUUUUCUGAGACUGGUGUCCUGAGUGAGUGCACCGAUGCUGCGUUGUGUAGCGAGAGAUUGGGUGACAUCUAUCAGAACCUUGGCAUUCAUUCUACGUCAGAGUUUCAUUAUACACCUGAUGGGGGUUCGGUCAAGCUAAAGCUUGUCUAUCAUAAUGGAAAGAGUGGUGCAUAUCAGAUCAAUUCCACUGUCUGGCUAACGUGUAGAACUAACGGCAUAUCAUAUUUGGAGCUCAAGUCAUAUUCUCCCACUUACUACUUAUUCGAGUUAUUUUCACCCUUCGCUUGCCCAAAACCCGUCCCACCAUCUUCUUCGCUUUCUGCUGGAGGCAUUCUUUGCAUCUUGUUUGUUGUCUUCGUAACAGUCUACUUUGUAGGUGGGUUUAUAUAUCUGUUCUUCUUCAAGUAUGAGAGUGGAACAAAUGCAAUACCUCAUCAUGAGUUUUGGUCUUCUUUACCUGGCCUCAUCAAAGAUGGGUUUCUCUUCUUGAUCUCAUGUGGACACUCAAAUAAAAUGCAAUCAUCUGGACCUCAAUAUGAUCAGAUAUAGACACAUGUAUAUUUGGAAACUAAAGUGCCAUCAUCUGGACCUUGAUAUGAUCAGAUCUAGACAUCACAUGUAUCUGUUGAUAUUCCAAUAAAAUGCAAUCAUCUGGACCUUAACAUGAUCAGAUCAAGAUAUAGAAUGCCAUCAUCUGGACAUCAAUUAUCAGAUCAUGACGUGUCCUGUAUCUGUCAAUAUUCCAAAAAAGCAAUCAUCUGGACCUCAAUGUGAUCUGAUCAAAAUAUCUGUAUACGCAAAUAAAAUGCCAUCAUCUGGACAUCAAUAUGAUCAGAACUAAACACAUCUCCUGAAUCCGUCGAUCUUCCAAUAGAAUGCAAUCAGAAUGAUCAGAUAUAAAUACAUCUUAAGUUUAAGAAAUGUUCUUACUCUGCCAUUGUCUUCCUCUGCCUAUGUAUCAUAUAACACUGUGCAAGCAUAAACAGGAUUUAGGCAGUCUUCAUAACAUAGAAAUAACAUUUUCAACAUUUUUGCCCCUUUUUUCAUACAUCUUCCUUUUUCAUACAUGUCUGAAGAGUUUUUAUAUAAGUGAGGUAUUCAUGCCUUCAGAUUGAUUUGAUUGCUGUAAAACCCAGCGAAUGCUUAUCUUUACUAACUGAAAAUCCAUGCUUUACAUGUAGCAUUGAUACUGGUUAAAAGUAUUUGGACUUCCAAGGUUUUCUAGAGCUAUUGUCUUUACUUGGUACAAUAUUCUUCACCAUGAAACAGGGAUAGUUUCAGUAAUGCUAAUUAUUAACAGGCAAGUCAUAGGAUCUUUCUUAGUACAUUGUCAUAGAAACUCUUUACACCUUCGUACAUGUAAUGUACAUCAUUGAUUAUGGUUCAUCAUUCUUUUUACCAUUAACUUAUUACUCAGUCACAAUAACAAAGGUCAUGAAUGUAUAUAAACAGAUUCUUGGGAUCUUGUGCAUAGUAAAAAUGUAUGCCUUCAUCAAUACUAAAUCUGAAAUAUUUU